AUUGCUUCUUGUUUCUAUAUCUUUUAUAACCUUUACCCUCUCCCCCCUUGGUCUAACACCGUUAAGACAGAUACCAUACUUUAUUCAUUGCCUUUGUUUGCUUUGUUUUUAUUUAUUUAUUUAAUUAUUUUUUUUUGCUGCAACGUGUUUUGUUCUAGUCUGACCACUUGUCCUUAUGGUUCAACACAAACCUAAUAUUGUAUUUUUCCCCGUGGAUUUCACAGAAUUCGACAACUUAAUCAAGAAGUCAUUGCCAGAUGAUUCCAAAGAGGUGAUCAGAUACUUACACUCAUGUUUUACGGUCUACGUUAUUGUUAACCAACAAACCUGGAGAUCAGCUGGAGGCAGACCUGAUCCAUUCUUGCCUUGUUUCGAAAAGAUCCUACCAAGAUGCAUACUCCCAACAUACUUCAAAGACAUCAUUCGAGAAAUGGCCCGACCAAUGAAGACAGUCAAUGCAAUCUACAUUCCCGACAUCCCGUCCGCAUUGGCUGAUCUGUCACAAGAGCUAAUCAUGGGAAUAGUCAACCAAUACCCCAACCUCACCACCGUUUUCAAGAAACUCGGCUUGCCUAGGUUGGAAAUUGAGGAGAUUGAACCUGCGUGUUUCACAAUGUACCACGAGCAGGAGAACUUGAUCUCGGUGCCUCGUGACGGUUUUGUUCCAGCGUAUAGACUCAAGGUGGUUAGUGUCUUGAAACACAUCAGGUUCCAGCAGUAUAGGUUGGUGACUAGCGAAGCAUCCUGGGUCAGUUUGGACCGAGGCAAUGGGAAUGUCGUCAAGGUGUCUAACGCCAUUGACAUUUUCCAAAACACCAAUUUGACUUGUGGGUUUUGUGUAUUUCAACAUCAUGGUGGAGUGAGAAUAAAUUCAAACAACUUGAUGUGUGCCAGUGUGGUUGGCUACACUUUGCCCACGCAUAUUUCGACCGAGAGAUUCCCUACCGAGCCUCGAUUCUUGAAGACUGAUGCCGAGAAUAAUCAUCGCGUCGCUAAACCAAGACGAAAGUCGAGAAACAAGGGAAAGAUUGUUCCGAUCUUAGCCAAGCCUGGUGUUUUGGUUAAUUUGAAAAAGAGUGUCAAAACUGUAUAAGCUAUAUAGAAUAUAGGGCGUGAUAAGCUAAUGGUGUGGUUGCUGUGUUUUGCAGCUUAUUGUAACAUGU